UAAAUAUGCUUUGAUAACAGCAAUAAACCACAGUCAGUCGUAUUGAAUUAUUCCAACCAUGGCUAUGCGUGACCAAAUUGUCUGUUGGGUUGGGAAAUCUGUAGCCGAAGAAAACUUGAAGAACUAUUCAAUCGACAUAACCGGAGGUACUGAGAAUGAUCAAGGCUACAUGAGCGACAUAGUGUUCGUGGAAACUAAGGGCACUACUAAGGACAACGAGCCAACAAGUUUGCAUUUGGUGGUGAAGCAUGCCAAAAACAACAACCACCUAAGGAAAGCCAUGCCGAUAGACGAGAUAUUCGAAAAUGAAAUAUACAUGUACCAAACGGUUUUUCCCGCUUUCUUGAAGUUCCAACGCGCCAAAAAGGCCACGGAGCUGUUCGACUGUACUCCCAGAUGCCUCUACUCCUCCUCUUCUGGAAGUAUGGAAGUCUUAGUUUUGGAAAACCUGAGAAUGAAGGGGUACCAGCAAUACGACAGGAAAAAACCCAUGAAUCUAGCGCAUUGCAAGGCCGUUCUACAACGAUAUGGAAUAUUACACGCGGUUUCUUUUGCGCUGAGACAGCAAGACGCCAAAACCUUUGAUGAUUUGGUAUCGAAACUAGGAGAUCCAAAUUCAACAUUAUUCAAAUCUUCUAACAUCGGCAAAGUUUACGAUGAUUCGUUUGUACUUGCCUUGGAAAUGUUCGAGAAGAAUGGCGAUUCGGAUAUACACGAAAAACUCAGGAAACUAUUGGGGAAAGGAUGUAGUACAAUGGUGGAGGAAGUACUCAGAGCGAUGUAUAUUGAACCUCAAUCUGUUAUAUCGCAUGGGGAUUGCUGGUGUAAUAAUUUUCUAUUCAAAUAUGAGGGAGGUGAUUGUAACAUCCCUUCGGGUGUAUCAAUUCUAGAUUGGCAGUUUUCAUCCCUGAGAUCUCCAGUUUUUGAUCUCUCGUACUUCAUAUAUGCUGUUUGUUCCAAAACGGAACUGGAAUCCUUCGAAGAGUUACUGCAAGUCUACUACAAAUCCUUCGCUGCUCAUUUGACUGACUUGGGAAGUGACCCAGAAGAAGUAUUCCCAUAUGCUGACUUGAAGAUACACUGGAAAAAAUACUCCCUGUAUGGAUUCAUACACAUGAUACCGGCACUUAGAGUUAUUCUUUGUGACAAGGAUAAAGCUCCUUCCCUCAACGACUGUGAAGAGGGCGCAGAGUUCGGGGAUGUUUUCAAACUAGGAUUAUUGGGAGGGGAAGCUUUGGUGUAUGAUAGGUUGAAAGCAGUUGUUUCACAUUAUUUUGAGUUUCAAGAAAAAAAUAUUUGAGAAAUGUACAGGAGGAUAGGCUUUUCAUUCAAUGAAUAGUUACAUAAGAUAUUCUAAAGAUGAGGUUUCAAUCUAAAUGGUAUUUGUACACCUACGAUCGCAAAUAUUGCAGAUGUCGAAGGAUUCGCUACUUUUCUCAUUGAAAAUUGAUAUGAAGAAUUGUGAUUUGAGGUUUUUCAGUUCAAAGAAUGGAUAUUUUCAUUAGCAUCAUUUUGAGUAUAUUUUUGUAUUCACUGAAUCUCCCAUUUUGAGAAUAUAACGACUCUAGACCUAA